AUGAAAUCUGAUUCUGAACCAGUUAAUACUACUUCCAGGCGCCGCCGAGGCCUCAUAAUCUGCUGCAGCGUGACAGCGGUGGUCUUGAUCAUGAUCACCGCAGUGUUAACCGCCUUGUGCUUCACCAUCUUCAAGCCGAGAGAGCCUGAAAUCACUGCCAAUUUCGCCGGCCUUGAAGACAUUGACUACUCUUUCUCUUCGAAUUUAACAUUGAACGCUACAAUAGAUAUGAUCAUAACAAUCGAUAAUCGAAAGAACUACGGAAGCUUUAAGUUCAAGAACGCAACGGCCUACGUUUACUACCAUGGAGACGUUGUUGCUGAAGCUCAAAUAGAGCAUAACCUCGUCCCUGCACGUGGCAAAGUUAAUAUGACUUCUUCGGCAGAUUUUAUGAUCAGCAAGGUAAUAUUGAAUCCGAAUUUUGUGGCCGACGUCAUCUCUGGGAGCUUGCAUUUGACGUCGACAUCUAGUUUGCAUGGGAAAGUGAUUUUGUUUAAGAUUCUUAAGAUGCAUGCUAAGGCUUUUAGCUCUUGCGAUAUCUCUUUUAAUGUUACUGGUAGGGAUGUUCAAACUAUAUGCAAGUCAAAAAUCAAGUUGUAG